CCGCGGGGCGCGACUCACCGCGUUCUCCUUCCCCCAGGAAAGAGAGGGCGAGCAUCGACACCGAGAUAAAGCGCUUCAUCGCCAAGAAGGCGGAUCUGCUGUUCGCGCACUCGUGGAAACCCAACGGGCCGAUCGAGGACACCAUCGAGGAGAAUGAGGAGUGUUACGCUGUCAUGCCACCCUUGGAGAGGUUCUUGGAGGUGCCCAGGGAGGAGAGGAGAGAGCUGUUCUUCCGUGACAUUGAGCGUGGCGAUAUCGUAAUUGGGAGGAUUACCUCUAUCCGUGAAUUUGGCUUUUUCAUGGUGUUGAUUUGUCUGGGAAGUGGUGUCAUACGGGAAAUUGCAGAUUUGGAAAUCACUGCCCUGUGUCCUGUAAGGGAUGUGCCUCCUCAAAGCAACCAUGGAGAUCCUCUGUCAUAUUAUCAGACUGGUGAUCUUAUUCGAGCUGCGCUCAAGGACGUUGACCGCUACCACGAGAAGCUGGCGGUGUCGCUUUACAGCUCAGCUCUUCCACCCAACCUUUCCAGUACAAAACUGGGCGUGAUCACCUCUGAUGACUUCCCACUGCAUUAUAAGCGAAGCCUGGAAGUUGCCAGCACAGGAGAGACAUUCGAAGAGGUUUUGCAUCGUUCCCCAGGAUUCGCUAAUCCAUCAUUAGUUGAAUAUUUAGCAGAAAAACUGGGACUAAGUGAGUCAAAUCCACCGUCUUUGCUGAGAAGUCUUCAAAUCAAAAAUUUUAAUGAAGAAGAUUUUGCCCCUGCCUUGAGGAAAAAGCAGUCUGCAUCUUGGGCCUUGAAAUGUGUAAAGGCUGGGGUGGAUUAUUUUAAGGCUGGGCGACAUGUGGAAGCCAUGAAUGAGUACAACAAGGCUUUGGAAAUUGAUCCACAAAAUGUUGAAGCUUUGGUAGCACGUGGAGCUCUGUAUGCAACUAAAGGAAGUCUGAACAAAGCCAUAGGGGAUUUUGAAACCGCUUUAGAAAAUUGCCCUACCCAUAGAAAUGCAAGGAAAUACCUGUGUCAGACCCUUGUGGAAAGAGGCGGGCAGUUGGAAGAGGAAGAGAAACUGCUUAAUGCUGAAAGUUAUUACAAAAAAGCUUUAAGUUUGGAUGAUACUUUUCAGGAAGCAGAAGAGGCCUUAACAAAACUCCGUAAGCACAUGCAGAAAUCUUUGGAAAUGAGGGAGAAACAAGCUGCCAAAGAAGAGAGACAGAAAGCAAAGAAAAUAGAAACGAGUGCAGAAAAAUUGCGUAAGCUCUUAAAAGAAGAAAAAAGGUUAAAGAAGAAAAGGAAAGUAUCGACUUCCUCCUCCUCUUCUUCUUCUUCUUCAUCCUCCUCCUCCUCUUCCUCCUCCUCAUCAUCAUCCAGCGAUUCAUCAUCAGAUGUAUCAGCUUCUUCUUCCUCCUCUUCCUCUGAUCACAAGAAACGUAGGAAAAAGCACCGGCAUAGAUCUGAGUCUGCUCGCAGCUCCAAAAAAAGCUCAUCUAGAGCUUCUUCCCAUUAUAAAGAUCAGAAUAGGAAAGAGGAGUGGUAUUCCCCUCCAGCUGAUACCUCUGCUUCCUUUCUUAACCAAAGUUUUGAAGUGGAAAAACUGCUGGAAAGGCAGGACAGCGUAGCGUGCUCAAAAAUGGAGGGAAAAGAGAAAGACAGACACUGUUCUUUUUCGAGGACUUCAGGUGAUGAUGAAGACACUUUUGGAGGUAGGUCUGAAGAUUCAAGAGAUUCUUACAGUAGCUCCAGAAGUCAGCCAAGUCAUAGCAAAACUGAAAAAUACAGUAAACCAGAGAGAUUUUUCUCCAGUUGGAGGGGUCCUUCAGGUUCGUAUCAUAAAUCAGAUUAUAAACCCAGGAUGCAUUAUUACAGGAGAUUUGAAAGGGAUGGAGAGUGGAGAAGAGAGCAGUUUAAGAGACAUGGCUCAGGUCAAGACAGGUAUUACAUGUCCCCAGGGUCUGACUAUUCUGGCAGGUCAGGGGGGAGGUACAGGUCAUAUUCUAGCAGCUACUCCCAUGAAGGUGACAAAGGUUAUGAUAGUGACAGGCAGCAUAAAAAUGAAAGUGAGUCUAACAGUAGAAAAAGAAGUUACGAGGAGGCUGAUAAAACAAAGGAACCAGAUGAAGAAGUGUCAUUAAAUGGUACAGAACAAGCAGAAAGUAGUAAAAGAAAUCUGCCUCAGAACUUAGUUAACAUAUUCAAUCAGAUAGCUGAGUUUGAGAGGGAAAAAGGAACUAAGCAGAAGAAACAGUGAAGUACCUGAGAAUACACUACUUGAAUGAGUGUAGUUAUGUGAACUUUUAACUUAGUAUCUUGUGAGGAAAUACAUACAAAGAGUGAAAGGCAGAAUUUUUUCUGCCUU